GAUGAAACGUCCCAGUCGCUCAGGUGCGUCAGGUCACUGCGCGCAACAUGGAGCCGGAGGAGGAGCUCGUCGGUUGAGUUACAUUUUGUUGAAAGAUGCAGAAUAAGAGAUGGAUUUAAAGGAUGCGAGGACGUUGUUGGACCUCGUCCGGUUGACUGACAGUUUGAAUACAUGAGAUUUAUUUAUCUGAUGUGAUCUCUGCUGGAAGCGUGAACAUGUGUGAUGCAGACAGGUGAGAGAGAUGCAUCAUGGGCAGGAAUGGACCAGAGAGACAGACGUCAUGUCCCAGGGAAACCCGCAUCGCUCAUCCAAGGGUGCACGUGUUCCAGUUCCAGCAUGCAGGCAACACGGAGGACAAGCUGCCUGAGGAUCCCCUUCCUUCUGCCCUAUGCGGCCGUAGACUGAGUGUGUGUGUGUGAGAAAGGGGACCAGCCGACCCGACCCGACCCGACCCGCCUCCAUGGCUCACUCGUCAGACCCGUCCCGCAGGGAGAAGACCCCCGCGCCUCAGGGGUCGCACACCGCCACACGCAACCUCCUGCGGAAGAAGGAGCAGCGGCGACGUGGAAUCCGAUCCUCGUCGCCCAUGGGCCGGGUCAUCCUCAUCAACUCGCCUGUGGAUGGCGGAGACGACUGCGAGGACCUCCACACCAUCACCGUGGACAAGAGUGUGGAUGGGAAGCUCGGCUUCAGCGUGCGCGGCGGCUCGGAGCACGGCCUCAGCAUCUUCGUCAGUAAGGUGGAGGACAACAGUACGGCGGAGGAAGCGGGCCUGCUCGUCGGGGACAAACUGGUGGAGGUGAACGGCGUCAGCCUGGAGAGCAUCACCAUGAGCAGCGCCGUCAAGGUCCUGACGGGGAACAACCGGCUGAGGACGGUGGUGAGACGCGUCGGCAAAGUCCCCGGCAUCCGCUACUCCAAGGAGAAGACCACCUGGGUGGACCUGAUUCAAAGGCGCAUGGUGGUGGAGGAGAGCGGCCGGACGCCGUCGGAGACCAGCUCGGGCGGCGCCCUCCGGAGGAUUGUCCACCUUUACACCACCUCGGAUGACUACUGCCUCGGCUUCAACAUCCGCGGGGGGAAGGAGUUCGGUCUGGGCAUCUAUGUCUCCAAGCUGGAUCCCGGUGGCCUGGCGGAGCAGAACGGAAUAAAGAUGGGGGACCAGAUCCUGGCCGCCAACGGCGUGAGCUUCGAGGACAUCAGCCACAGCAGCGCUGUGCAGCUGCUCAAGAGCCACACGCACGUCAUGCUGACCAUCAAGGAGGCGGGACGGUACCCGGCGUACAAGGAGAUGGUGGCGGAAUACAGGUGGCUCAACAAGUUGGCCAAUGGUCAGAAGUCUUCGUCCCAGGGUUCAGAGUCCAACUCGUCCGCCUCGUCUCUGUCGUCUGGGACGCCGGUCAGCUCCCUGAGCGGCCUGUCCCAGGUCAUGUUCCCCCCCUGCCUGCCGUUUGGCUCCGACAUGGUGGACGUCUGCAUCUCCACUGAGGACCAGAGGUUUGAGUCCGAGCGAACGGAGACCAUCGCCGUCCAGACGGACCUUCCUGCUCAGAUGGCGGCUGCGGACUCCACCACCCGCAGCCUGGGACGCACCACCCUGCUGAGAGACACAGUGAUCGGCGGAGAGGAGGAGGAGGAGGAGGAGGAGGAGGAGCGCCACGACGACGGGGGGAGGAGGAGGAGGAGGAGGGAGUCGCCCAAGACGUCCGUGCUGCUGGCCCUCAGCAGGCCGAGCCGACCAAUCAGCCGGACGCAGAGCCAGGUCACGGUGGCAGAAAUCUCGCAGAAGACAGAGAAGAAGAAGAAGCAGAAAGGGAAGGAGCCGCAGGAGAAGAGCACCCUGCAGCGCUCCAAGACCUUCGUCAACCUGCUGUUCAGGGGCGGGCGCAAGAGGGACGCGUCCAGGGGCCGAUCCAAGUCCCCGUCCGCUGACCGGACCGGCAAAGAGGGACGGGAGCUCCGUGCGAUGCCAAAUUCGGAGAUGCUUGGCGCGGUGGACGACAUGGCCCGCAGGCUGCUGCCCGAGGACGAGGUGGCCGCCGUCAUGACGACCUGCCGACGGUACACGGCCGAGCGGUCAGUGGAGAACUUGAUCCGCCACCUGCUGGCCGUGCUGGACCGGCCUGAGAAGCUGCUGCUGCUGCGGGAAGUCCGAAUGCUGCUUCCUCCUUCGGACCUGAGCGUGUUCAAUAACAUGGUGGCUCCCAUCGAAGUGGAGGCCUACGACAUCCUCAAGUGUCGCUCAGUUCGAACUCCUCCUCUUCGCUCUCCCACGUCCGGUCGAGCACCCAGACGGCGCCUCAUCACUCCCAUCCCAGAUUACAGAGGAGGCUUUGAGCUGCACAAUGCCGAGGAGGUGGAGAAGGAGAGCCACCUGCUGGAGGAGCUGGAGAGGCUCAGUGUGUCUGGGCCCCGGCCGUCCAGGGAGAGGCCCCCCACCUCCAGGUCCUUCACCCCGCUGCUGGACAUCCCGGUGGACGGAUACAGCGCCGGCGAGUCGGGCGAGCUCGGCCGCCGCUCCGCCAGCCCCCUGCUGCCCAACUGGCUGCUGGCCCGCGGUGACCACGACGAUGACCCCCGGCCCCCCCUGCGAACGGACAUCGGCACCAUCCGCUCGGUGCACUUCGACGAGGUGUCACUGCACUCGAGCUCGGACGCCGACAGGGGACGCCCCCCGUUCAGAAACCGCCACUCCAAAGGCAAAAAGGAGCGAAGCGGCGACCGGGGGGAAGAAACCGUGUUCACGCUGCAGAGCGCCGCUCGCAGGAGUCGGCCCCUGUUGUCGCAGGUGUUCGGUUCGAGUCCGGAUCGACGACAAGUCGCGAGCGGACAGGUGAACGGACAUCAGGCGUCAACCGAGAACGGACUCAAUGGCUCGGAUGUGAAACAGGAGUACGAGCUCAAAACUGUCAGCAUCUCCAAGACCAAACAGUCACUGGGCAUCAGUAUCUCCGGUGGGAUGGAGUCGAGGGUCCAGCCGGUGGUGAAGAUCGAGAAGAUCUUCCCCGGCGGAGCCGCCUCCACCUGUGACGUGCUCAAGGCUGGAUUCGAGUUGGCGUCUGUGGACGGACUCUCCCUGCACGGGGUGACCCAUCAGCACGCCGUCGACAUCAUCCGAAGAGCCUUCAGCAACAAGGCCAAAGACCCCAUGGUGUUUGUGGUCAAAGUCCCCAAAAACAUUUGAAGACUGGAGAGAUGCUCACAGGGGAAUAUAGAUGAAUGCCCCUGGGAUUUUAACACAAAGAGAAAGAGAGAGACUGAACUGCCAUUCAGUUUAAAGUGACGACACGGACACAGAAUAACACACGUGACCUCCGGUGGAAGGUCAUGGGACUGCAGCGAAUAUGAAGCUUCAAUCAUGAUGCUCCUGAAGCCGUAAUGUCACUUUAUCACAAGCUCCGGAGCCAAGGACGCGGUUUCUCUUUUUACACUUUACAUUGUGUUAACAUUUUCAUAAGAUGCGUCAGGGAUCCGCCGUGUGCGUCUGUGCUCCUCAAUUUUUUUAAAUAUGCAGGAUGACGAACUGUAACCCGAGUGCCUGUGGACUGAACAUGUGAAACUCCCAUGUUGUUCAGUUGUCUUGAUAUUAACAUUUUUGACCUGUAGGAGGCAGACGUGAGCCGUUCGGGUCAUGAAGAUUCUGAGCAGCUGUAUUGUACCAGAGCACAAACCUUUUUUUUUUUUUUUUUUUAAAUGUCUUUAAUGUAAACAGGAGGAGAUCUGGAGAAGAAAAAAUCCAGAUUGCCAUCGGGGAGAAUCACGAGCCAGAUACAACUGUUAUAUCUUGAGUAAAUACUGGAGUUUAAU